UGCUCGUACAUAUAAAUGCAGAGGGCAGGUUCCUGGCAGGACCUCAGGCUAGGGCACGAUGGCUGCUCGGUUCCCAGGCCCUCAGCUGCUGGUCCUGGGCUUGCUGCUGUGUGCCGUGGGCACCCCCUGUCACAUGCCGGGAAGAUAUUGUUGGUCCCAAUGGAAGGCAGCCCCUGGCUGAGCAUGGUGGGAACUGUCCAGCAGCUGCAGCAGCGGGGCCAUGAGAUAGUGGUUCUGGCUCCUGAAGCCUCGAUACACAUAAAAGAAGGAGCAUUUUACACCUUGAAGACGUACCCCGUGCCAUACCCAAAGGAGGAGUUGGAAGCAGCUUUUGUCAGUUUCGGGCACUUGAGUUUUGAUAAUCUUCCUUUCCUGCAGCGUUUUGUCAAGCUAUACAAGAAUGCCCAAGAGAACUCUGCUCGGCUUUUGUCCUCCUGCCACCACUUCCUGUAUAACAAGGAGCUCAUGUAUGUGGGAGUCCUGCGAUAUAGCCAUUACGCUAACUGCUGGUUCCCUACAGUACACUUCUUGAAUGGACUUCCGUGCAGCCUGGACGUGGCAGCCACCCAGUGCCCCAGCCCGCUGUCCUAUGUACCUAAGCCAUUGUCCUCUAACCCAGACCGCAUGACCUUCCUGCAGCGGAUGAAGAACGUGCUCAUCUCCUUGUCAGACAACUUUCUGUGCAACAUGGUUUACACCCCUUACGCAAAACUUGCUUCAGAAUUCCUCCAGAGAGACGUGACUGUCCAGGGCCUUCUGAGCAGUGCGUCUGUCUGGCUGAUGAGAAGAGACUUUGUUCUGAAUUUCCCCAAGCCCAUCAUGCCCAACAUGGUGUACAUUGGUGGGAUCAACUGCAUGAGCAAGGCCCCCCUAUCCCAGCAGUGCCGGCAUUGCCUCAUUGCCAAGCCACUACAGCUGGACUUCUUGUAUUAUGUCCUGGCUCACAUGAAUUUGAAGGCUCCCUCUCCAGAGGGAGAACAUGGAAUUGAGGUUUUCUCUUUGGGAUCUCUGGUCUCAGAGAUUCCAGGGAAGAAAGCUAUGGAAAUAGCUGAAGCUUUGGGCAAAAUACCUCAGACGGUCCUGUGGCGGUAUACUGGAACCCGCCCAUCAAACCUUGUGAAGAAUAUGAUACUCGUCAAGUGGCUACCCCAAAAUGAUCUGCUUGCUCACCCAAAGACUCGUGCCUUCAUCACGCAUUCCGGCUCCCACGGCAUUUAUGAAGGAAUAUGCAAUGGUGUCCCGAUGGUGAUGUUGCUCUUGUUUGGUGACCAGAUGGACAAUGCCAAGUGCAUGGAGACCAAAGGAGCUGGAGUGACCCUGAAUGUCCUUGAAAUGACUUCUGAAGAUUUAGCAAAUGCCCUAAAAACAGUCAUCUUUGACAAAAGCUACAAGGAAAACAUCAUGCGCCUCUCCAGUCUUCACAAGGACCGGCCCAUAGAGCCUCUGGACCUGGCUGGGUUCUGGGUGGAGUUCGUGAUGAGGCACAAGGGGGCGCCCCACCUGCACCCUGCAGCCCAAGACCUCACUUGGAAGAAAAGCCACAAAUCCAAGGCACACUGAAAAGUAGGUGGAAAGUAAGGCGACAUUUCGAUCCAGACCCCGGUCAUAUCAAAACCUGCAAGCAGAAUCAGUAUUAAAUUCACUUCAUUCUUAUUAAAGAAGUUCUUUGCCAAAAGUUGAGCAUUA